AUGAUGGUAAACCAUGCGGUGGACCAUCUCGACUCAAGCAGACCACAACCAAUGAUUGUGUCUACACCGUAUCACUUUCAACCACAAACUAUGAAUUCUGUACCACAGUAUCAACCUGUGAUCGGAGUACCUUAUGGAUUUCAACCAUCACCAGAAAGUCUCGGAUAUCUACCUCCAAAUCUAAAGACUAAUUACAAGAUACCAGGACCCCAACCUCAAUAUCCUGAUGACCCUUCACGAUUUGUUCGCCAUGGUUAUGUUCAUCAUCCUAUCCAACCUAAUCGGCAACCAGCAGAUCCAAGAUUUCAAGCUCUGUUAAAUCAAGGCCAAGUGAAUGAAUUUCAUUUGAGAAAACAGUGGUUGAAUGGGAUUGUUCAAAAAAGACAGAAAGUCACACAGAAUGCUAAGCAGAAAGUUAUCAAAUCAACCAGAAAAGGUAAAAAACCAUCACCAUUAGGAGUUAAGAAAGUGAACAAAAACGUUUCAAAUAAGAACAAAGGCAAAGUGCUUACCAAUGGCAGACCCAACCAAGCCUAUUAUCCACUUAUUCGAUCACCAAAAGAUAUACAUGAAGGGAUUUCAGCAGGAAUGAAAUCAACCAUCACCGAGGUUUCAAACACAGUCAAUAAUCGAGCUGUUGCUAAUCUCCUUCAAUUAAAUGCACGCAAAGUGAUGUUGGAGAGGGGACCAAAAACAUUACAAGAUCAAGUCAUGCUCGAACGAGUAAAGGGUGUAAUUUGUCAAAUACUUCAGAAACAUUUGAAUCUACCACAUGGUCUCAUCCCCGAAAAUCUUGAGCCUACCUUGGCUAAUGUUCUACAAUGGAAAGAAGGAUUAAUGAAAGCCCAAGUAGCUCAUACAAACGAGUACCGUCAAUUGGACAGUUUACUCGAUCAAGCGAAGAAGACACCUUUACUAGUAGAGAUACCAACAUCUGGAGCAACUGAAUCGGUUGGAUCUACAAUAUCUGGUGAUGAUUUAAAAACAAGUGAAGAAGUAGACUCUGAACUUACAAAAUUGAGCCUUGGUCCUUCAUCUAAUUAUGAAGUAGCAAGUAAAAGGUUUCAAAGAAUUCCUACAUUCGAUUUGAAUAAGGAACCAGUUGCUUGA